GUCUAUUCGCGUUGAAUUUUUCGUUUGUUACUUGUUUAUUUUGUUUUAAAACAUUUAUGUACGCUUUGCUAAAUAUAAAAAAUGGAAUCCUCAUCUAAAAGUGAUAUUUCUACAUUUUACGGUCAAUGUAGAUGUUGCUUAGAAUAUGGUUAUAUGAAGAAUUUGUGGACUGAACAUAAUUCUGAAGGCAUACGCGAAGUGUUUGGAGAAAUGUUGUUGGAAACAUUUUCUAUUAACUGGGAGACAGUGGAUGAAUUGAAGGACUAUAUUUGUGAAUCGUGUGUGAUCCGCCUCAGGGAUGCUUAUGAAUUCAAAAAGGAGGUGCUCUCAUCCCAGCAGCUUAUAAGUGAGGGUUCGUACGACUUUGAACAAGACUCCGAUUAUAAAGUUGAAAUGUUGGAAGAGUCAGACGAAUUAGAAAAUGCAGACGAGUCGGAAGAAGUCUCUAUGGAGGAAGAGCAAAACGACAUAGAGGUGAAAACUGAUUUGAACGACACUGAAUACUUUGAAGUGGAGUACUUAGAGGAUGAUGAGACUGUGGAAGUUAAAGAUGAAACUUUAAUACAAACUGAUACCAAAUCCAACACAGAAACUGACAAACCCAAAACCAAAUGGCCGCGGAAGAAGAAACCCAAUGAAAUCAUAAAACAGUACAAGGACUAUUCGGAAGAGGAUAUGAGACAGUGUUUGGAGUUAGUGAGGAGUAACAAGAUGAGCAUAUCAGAUGCGAGUAAGCUCUAUGGUAUACCAAGGAAGACUGUGGCCGGCAAAAUUAGCUAUGUCCAGAAAAAGAAAUUGGAUGCGUCGUGGAUAGAGGAAGAUAUGCUGAAGAGAAGGCAUUUGAUCCCAGAAGUGAAGAAACACAGGCACAACAUCCGUGUAGUGUUGGAAAACUCGAACGCUACGCCGUUCAGAAGUCAGGCUGGCACGGAGUUCACGUGCAAUUAUUGCGCAAAGGCGUACAGCCAACCGCACGACUUGAAAAGGCAUACUUUAUUGCGGCACAGGGAUGUCACCAAAGUGUCGGAAGUGAAAGUCGCCACCGGAUAUAGCAUCAAAAUGGACGUGACCAAUCUCAAAUGCCGGCUGUGUAGAGAGAAGUUUGAUUUACUCGAAGAUCUGAUGAGCCACUUGUCACAGAAACACGACUUCUUAAUUCACAAAGACGUGACCACGCAAAUGGUUCCGUUCAAAUUUGACGGCGACAAACUGAAGUGUGCCGUGUGCUCUAUGACCUUUAACUUCUUCAAAUCGUUAGCGGAGCAUAUGAGCUUGCAUUACAGCAACUUUGAAUGCGAAUUGUGCGGUGCUGUGUUCAUUACCAAGCAAAGGUACAAAGUGCACGAAGCCAGACAGCAUUCUAACAAAGGCAGAGUUUACUAUUGCAGUUUCUGCCCUAAAAGUUUCGCUAACCAAAUGAAAACGCGCGACCACGAAAGAGUGAUACACAUCAACGAGAAUAGGACUAAAAAGUGCGGUUAUUGCAAGGAAAAGUUUAGGACUGUUGAGGAGAAAUUGAACCACGAGCGCUCCGUACACGGUGGCACUUGUAGAUUGUUCAAGUGUUGCGACUGCGGUCAAUAUUUUGAAACCCAUGUGGCUUUAAACGCUCACGCCAAGAAGUUGCAUAUGAAAACGGCCAAAUACUUUUGCGCCUACUGCCGUAGGGACAGCUUCGAUGACCCCGAUGACUUGAGGAACCAUUCCAGAACGCACAAAGACGUUUGGCUCAAAAGAGUGGACCAUAUUAUCAGACCCCAUUUCCAGAACGAGAUCCUGCGUUUUGACAUUGAAGCGCUGCAUUGCGUUGCAUGCGACACGCCUAUAAAAACUUGGAACGACAUGUUCCAGCACUUAAGGGAGCACGGCGUCGAAUUAGACCAAGUUUACACGCGAGUCGUACCUUACAGACUGCGGCAAGAUUCCAUGCAUUGCGCAUUGUGCGACGAGAGAUUUUUGAAUUUCGGCUUCCUCGACAGCCAUAUGAACUCACACUAUUGCAACUACAUGUGUUCGGAGUGCGGCGAUACUUUUGUGGCUGAAACUCGUUUGAAACAUCACCUCGAGAUCCACAACAAAGGCAGACAUCCUUGUCCGGAGUGCGGGAAAGUGUUCCCAUUAGAAAAGUAUAUGAAGAAGCACUACGCUAUGGUCCACAAGAAGAACAAAGCUUUCAAGUGCAUGUACUGCGACCAGAGAUUUCACGGGGAGUACGAGAGGCAUAGUCACGUGCUCGAGGUGCACAGGGAAAGGGUCAGAAUUUCUACGUGCGAAUUGUGCGGGAAAACUUUCGAUUGGAGGCCUUAUUACAUGGCGCAUUUGAGGAAAGUUCACAGUAAAGAGAAGAAGAACAAGUGCCGGUAUUGUGGGAAGGCUUUUGUGACCAAACACGAGGUGAAAAUGCAUGAACAGAGGCACACGGGGAGCGGCAAGCACGUCUGUAAGGAGUGCGGCAAGAAUUACGUGACCAACAUGGAAUUGAGGCUUCAUUUGAAGAAGCAUGCGAAAGAAAGCGCAUUAAUGAGGCGUUCGUGA